CGCGCCGUGGAGGGGCGGAGCCAGUACAACGUGCUCCGUAGUGCAGGCAGCCCCCGGACUGGGUGCGUACUGCGUCUUCCGGCACUCCCGGGGAUGAGUUGUCGCAAAUGCGCAGCGACAGCAGCCCCGCGUUGUCCCCGCGGCUCGCUGGGUACUGUAGUUUUGGCGGGCUGCAUUCCGCGGCGCGCCAGGACCACCUCUCCCAGCAUGGCCCGCGGCAGGGACGGGCUGUGCCGGGGCGGUCGGGCGGAGUGUGGCGGCGCUGCCGCGGGUGAAGCGCUGCGCGGAGGCCCACGAGGCAGGAGGACGGUUGCUGCGCAGAGGUCUCUGAACAAAAUGAAUUUCAUUACAAGGCUUUCUGCUUUAUGUCUGAGGAAAGGCAAGAUGCAGCAGAGGCACCAAAGCAGUAGACGACCAGCUGCUCCACUCGGAUCGCGGAUUUUAACUGAUCCUACUAAGGUUUUUGAGCACAACAUGUGGGACCACAUGCAGUGGUCACAAGAAGAGGAGGAGAUUGCCAAGCAAAAAGCAGCAGAGAACUCACUUGUCAAAGUCCAGUGGGAAGACCAAGACAAAUACGAGAGAGAAGCCAGUCAGUAUUGGAAUGAAUUUUACAAGACACACAAAAGUAACUUUUUCAAGGAUCGCAAUUGGCUGUUCCUGGAGUUUCCAGAAAUUCUUCCUGACAAAAAGAGGGAAGAGUUGAAAACAAAAGAAAGAUCUUCAGAAGAAACAAAGAGUAUCAAAAGUUUUUCACUCAAAAAUGAAAUGCUUGAGGAAGGAGAAAAAUACUGGAAGAAAAACUAUGGAGGUGGUUCUACUUCUGUUGAAGGACACAUGUGUGAUAAAACCCAAGCAAAAUCUUUUCCUGACAAUCCUCAGGGUGAAAACGGUGGCGAGGAAGUUGGUGGGCCAGAAUCCUUCCCUGGUAGCAAUGCCACUUACAGAAUCUUAGAGGUUGGUUGUGGUGCUGGAAACAGUGUCUUUCCUAUAUUGAAAGUUCUAUGCAGUACACCUGGAACCUUUCUAUACUGUUGUGACUUUGCUUCAGGAGCAGUGGAGCUGGUAAAGUCACAUUCGUCCUACAAUUCAGCCUGGUGCUCUGCCUUUGUUCAUGAUGUGUGUGAUGAUGCUUUACCCUAUCCUUUUCCAGAUGAGACCCUGGAUGUCAUUCUCCUUAUCUUUGUGCUCUCUACUAUUCAUCCUGACAGGUCCUUUUCACCUAGCAGCAUCUGGAAACAUUUACAGAAUUAAACAUCCCUGUCUACUGAAACAGGAGAGCCAAGCAUAAGAAUUAUAUUGACCUUGGAUCAAUUACUAUCUAGCAAAGUUCUGAUGCUUCACACGAUUUUGGUAAGGAUGGUCAGAUUUUUUGAUGGGGAUCUUGAUAACACAGAACAUGUUACACCACACAUCCCAUAUUUUGAAACUAGUAUCUGUGGUUAGUUUCCAGCUUGUUUUUUUUAUCCCACUGCAGACCAGUGGCUGGAACCAAGUUAUUUUCUUGAUUGGUUGGUUGAAGCACAUCAAAACUCUCUGAUACUACCUAUAUUUUGUAAACUACAGCCUUGGUCUGAAAACAUAACCAUUUUAGAGUUCUAGGAAAGUAAUUUUAAGUGAAUAUUUUAAAAUGCUAUCCUGGAACAUAAUUUUUUUUGUGUGUUUAGGUAACUGGAAAAAUCUUUCUUGGUAGUUACAAAAGUAUGGAAAAAGAAAUACAUGUAUAUAUUAAUUAACUGCUAUACAUCAUCUAAAACUUUAAUAGUCAGAAACACUUCAACACAAAUAAUCCUUUUGUUUAAAAGGGAUUGUGUUAAUCCUCAGGAUGAAAGUGCCAUCACAUCAACUGUAACUGUAACUUGACACUUUGUACCUCUGUGCGUGUGCACAGCUUGAUAUUAUCUAAGUACCGGUAACAGUGAUACCUAAGGCUACCAUGGAUAAACACAGGAGGUUUCUGAUGACAGCAUCUUAAGCACAGGAGAAAAACUCUUGUGUGGUUUAUGAUACCAUCAUAGCCCUGAGGUGCUGACAGAGCUUCAUGCACAGUUCUUCUGCGAGUUGUUUUUCCUCUUAUUUCAUGUAUCACUUUUGUGUGCUGUUGAAAAUCACAGAUCCUUUUCUCUUCAAAUAAACUCAGGUUAAAGCUAAUAAUGAAAAUAAAAGUAAUUACCCUGGUUACUUUAAAAGAACUCAGAAUCUCAAUCUGACACCUUAAUGCUUAUAAAAUGGAAGCUUUGGACAAGAGAAUUGUAUUUUAAGAAAUGAUGUAAUUAAACAAAGAUAGUAUUUUUUUA